CUAUCAAAAUGAACAGCUAGGCGACCCCUCUUCUUCUCUAGCUUCUCUGUUCACUCUCUCGCGUGCGUUCCUCCAUAGUCACUUGUCACUCACACAACUCUUCCAUCUCUGCCACCGCCACAGGCCCACCAACUGGUCCGGUGCACCGAUCGUUUCGUUUUCUCUCUCUAUUUUGCUUCUCAAUCUCAUAUUUUUCUUCUUUCAUUCAACGUUUCGUGAGACUCACUACGACGCCACGCUGGGGAUCGAGGUCCUGAGAAUUACAUACUAUCUCUUCUUGUUUUCGCUCGGAAUCAAUGGCGGACCUCAAAGAGCGCCUUCUCCCUCCAAAACCUGCAUCUGCUAUGAAUCUCAGAGAUGUUUCUUCCCGACCUUCUGCCUCUGGACGACAACCUUUCCAAGGAGUAGAUCUUUUGGGGCUGAAGAAGCGUGGCCAAGGACUUCGAUCUUGGAUUCGUGUUGAUACAUCUGGGAAUUCCCAGAUCAUUGAGCUUGAUAAGUUUACCAUGAUGCGUCGUUGUGAUCUACCUGCCCGUGAUCUACGCUUGCUUGAUCCUCUCUUUGUUUACCCAUCAACAAUCCUUGGUAGAGAGAAGGCUAUUGUAGUCAAUUUGGAGCAGAUUCGGUGCAUUAUCACUGCUGAAGAGGUCUUGCUCCUGAACUCCCUUGAUAGCUAUGUACUGCAGUAUGUGGUGGAGCUGCAGCGACGAUUAACGACAAGUGCUGUGGGUGAUGUUUGGCAGUCAGAUAAUCCAGAUUUGAACAGAAGGAGAAGUAAGAACUUCGAUAAUGUAUUUGCAAGCACGUCUCCUGAUUAUUUGCCCUUUGAAUUUAGGGCUCUUGAAGUUGCGUUAGAAGCUGCCUGUACUUUUCUUGAUUCUCAGGCAGCAGAAUUAGAAAUUGAAGCCUAUCCAUUGUUAGAUGAGCUCACGUCAAAGAUCAGUACAUUAAAUUUGGAGCGAGUCCGCAGAUUAAAAAGCAGACUGGUUGCUUUGACUAGAAGAGUUCAGAAGGUUAGGGAUGAGAUCGAGCAGCUUAUGGAUGAUGAUGGAGAUAUGGCUGAAAUGUAUCUCACUGAGAAGAAGAGAAGGAUGGAAUCAUCUUUUUAUGGUGAUCAGUCUUUAAUGGGACUCCGAUCAACUGAUGGUGCACAAUCUGUUUCUGCUCCAGUGUCUCCUGUUUCUUCUCCUCUUGAAUCUAGAAGGCUAGAGAAAAGCUUGAGCAUUGCAAGGAGUCGGCAUGAAAGCAUGAGGAGUUCAGAAAGUACAACAGAGAGCAUAGAAGAGCUGGAGAUGUUGCUGGAAGCGUAUUUCGUUGUGAUUGAUAGCACACUAAAUAAGUUGACAUCGCUAAAGGAGUACAUUGAUGAUACAGAGGAUUUUAUUAACAUUCAGCUGGAUAAUGUCCGAAAUCAGCUGAUCCAGUUUGAGCUGCUUCUUACAACUGCAACUUUUGUAGUUGCUAUUUUUGGGGUGGUGGCAGGGAUCUUUGGUAUGAACUUUACAAUACCAUUAUUUGAUGAACCUGAUGCAUUCAAAUGGGUCCUCAUAAUAACUGGAGUCGUUGGAGUUAUCAUAUUCUGUGCGUUUGUUUGGUUCUUCAAGUAUAGAAGACUUAUGCCGCUGUGAGGAAACUGCAGUCAAGCUAUUAAGGAAUUAGUAUUUUCUAGUUGCUCUUUUAACUUUCUAGAUUAAAUGAAGAAAUUAGAAAAGAUCAGUUGGUCUAGCUCAAAAAAUGAGCAAUUCUUUCAUUCUGAUAAUUUAUCUCUUCCUGUAUUCAAAUGGUAUAUAUUAUAUGAAUAAUUGCAGCUAAUCCUCAUAUGGAGAUGCUGGUAAUGUUUUCUGUUACUUCUGAUCAAGCUAAAAUUGGGUUUCAGCAGACAGGAAUAAGGAAUAUGGUUGAUUGGUUC